GGUGACCUCAUGUUCUACAUGCAAAGAAAUUUACGCCUAGCUGAAGACUACGCUCGAUUUUAUGCGGCUGAAAUUUGUCUAGCUUUGAAUUUCCUGCAUGAACGGGGCAUCAUUUAUCGUGAUCUCAAGUUGGACAAUGUCUUGAUGGACAGUGAGGGUCACAUCAAAUUAACCGAUUAUGGCAUGUGUAAGGAAGGUAUCACAGCAGAUGUAAUGACAUCAACUUUCUGUGGCACACCGAACUAUAUCGCACCGGAAAUUCUGCGCGGAGAAAAUUACAGCUUCAGUGUGGACUGGUGGGCUUUAGGUGUGCUCAUGUUCGAAAUGCUUGCCGGUCGAUCCCCAUGGGAAAACGUCGGUCAGUCGGUCAAUCCGGAUCAGAACAGCGAGGAUUAUUUGUUCCAAGAAGUGGUCUCCAAAAUCGAUCAGACCGAGUUCGAAGGUUUUGAAUACGUCAAUCCACUAUUGAUGACCGUUGAAGAACCGGUGUGA